CAUUGGCGAUCUAGGGUCAGGAUGUUAGCCUGGCUGGGCCAGGUGCGGACACUUCCAAUGAUAAAAUAGAUAAUCCACGCGGAGACUGGCGCCCCUCGGGGGUGGGGCCCAAACCCAGUGCCGCCCCCUGGCUCCUAAACCGAACGUGGGCCCCCGCCCGGAUCUGUCCGGUUCGGGCUUGGACUCUCGACUCCCAGCCAGCGGGGGCACGCCCCCGGGCGCUGAUCGCCGGGGCCAGCGCCGGCCGGCUCUCCACAGCUAUAUCGCCCCCCUAGGGGAAAGGCGCAGGCGCCUCACGCAGCCUCUCUGCAGCUUUCAAGCCCUCGUCGGCACCUUCCUCGCUAGCAGCCUCUCCUCAGCGCGGCCCCGAGCCGUCCGGUUGGAUGGCGCGUAGGUCCGAGCCCCCCGACGGAGGCUGGGGAUGGAUGGUGGUGCUCUCAGCGUUCUUCCAGUCGGCGCUGGUGUUUGGGGUGCUCCGCUCCUUCGGCGUCUUCUUCGUGGAGUUUGUGGCGGCGUUCGAGGAGCAGGCAGCGCGCGUCUCCUGGAUCGCCUCCAUAGGAAUCGCGGUGCAGCAGUUUGGGAGCCCCGUGGGCAGUGCCCUGAGCACGAAGUUCGGUCCCAGGCCCGUGGUGAUGGCUGGGGGCAUCUUGGCUGCGUUGGGCAUGCUGCUCGCCUCCUUUGCUACCUCCUUGAUCCAUCUCUACCUGAGUAUUGGGCUGCUCUCAGGCUCUGGCUGGGCUUUGACCUUCACUCCCACCCUGGCCUGCCUGUCCCGUUACUUCUCUCGCCGGCGAUCCCUGGCCACAGGGCUAGCGCUGACAGGCGUGGGCCUCUCCUCCUUUGCCUUUGCCCCACUCUUCCAAUGGCUGCUCAGCCACUAUGCCUGGCGGGGAGCCCUUUUGCUGGUGUCUGCCCUCUCCCUCCACCUGGUGGCCUGUGGUGCUCUCCUCCGCCCACUCUUCCUGACUGAGGACCCUGCCGUGGGUGGCCCUGGGGCCCAGCUUGCCUCCCUUCUCCAUCAUGGCCCCUUUCUCCGUUACACUAUUGCCCUCACCUUGAUCAACACUGGCUUCUUCAUUCCCUACGUGCACCUGGUGGCCCAUCUCCAGGACCUGAAUUGGGACCCAUUGCCUGCUGCCUUCCUAGUCUCAGUGGCUGCUAUUUCUGACCUCGUAGGGCGUGUGGCCUCUGGGUGGCUAGGGGAUGCAGUCCCAGGGCCUGUGACACGACUCCUGACACUCUGGACCACUCUGACUGGGGUGUCACUGGCCCUGUUCCCCAUGGCUCAGGCUCCCACAGCCCUGGUGGCUCUGGCUGUGGCCUAUGGCUUCACAUCAGGGGCCCUGACUCCAGUGGCCUUCUCUGUGCUGCCUGAACUGGUGGGGACUGGAAGGAUAUACUGUGGCCUGGGACUGCUGCAGAUGGUAGAGAGCAUCGGAGGGCUGCUGGGAGCUCCUCUGUCAGGCUACCUCCGGGAUGUGACAGGCAACUACACAGCUUCUUUUGUGGUGGCUGGGGCCUUCCUUCUGGCAGGGAGUGGAGUUCUCAUCACUCUGCCCCACUUCUUCUGCUUCUCAGCUCCUACCUUAAAGCCCCAGGAGCUUGUAACAGAGGCAUUGGAUACCAAAGUCCCCCUGCCCAAGGAAGGGCUGGGAGAGGACUGAACUCCAAAAAGGGGCUGUCAGACCCAGAAAGCCAGAGGUUGGCAGCCCAAGUCUUCUCCUUGGCGCCCACAGAACCACAGUGCCUUAAACAUCUUGAUCUGCCUCCCCCCAGAGCAGGCCUGGGGCUCCUGCAAUGUGUCUGCCAACCCUUGGUAUUUUGUUGAGGAUUCUCAUCUCUUCUUUGCUCCCACAACCUUUUCUGAGGGAUUCAGGAGUUCAGCCUGCUCUACUGAGCUGUGGAUCAACUGAAAAUCAAAGGCCAACAGACUUAUCAUGUUUUACACGUGCUCUCUACUGUUGCCUACUGAGUUUCUUCUCUGAAGACAGAUGUUUGGGAAAGAAGGAUGCCCCUUUGAGAUAAAACUGAGUAAGCAAACUGGAUAAUAAUCA